AUGGACACCCCGCGACGAUGCUUCGUUUGCUUAACGGACGAGGAACCUACGGACCCCCCAGGCUCCUGGGUCGAUCCGUGCCCAUGUACGCUCGAAGCGCACCAAGACUGCAUGCUCUCGUGGGUGACGGAUUGCGAGCGAUCUAACAAACCUCUCAAAUGCCCCGUGUGCAAGUCAGACAUCCAGAUGGAUGGCCCGUGGGACCCCAUCGCCCACAUACACGAUGUCAUACAUCGCAAGUUUACGCGCGCAAGCCCGUUCAUCCUGCUGACGGGCGUAUCGGUGGGAGUACAGUUUAGUCUGCAGAUGUAUGGCGCGAUGGCGUUGUGGACAUUUGCGGGCAAGGAAGCUCUGCUUCGCUUCGCUUUGGGCCCGGAGAUGCUCAUCGACGGACGAUCCCCUGGAGCGCUCAGAUUCGCCAAGGAGCGCAUAGUGAAUGCGCUGAUUCUGAUGAAUGUUGCGCCGACGUUGCUCAUAAGCCAGCUGCUACCUGGUCUCACAAACAGAUACUUUAUGCAGUCUGCCUCCAUCUACGGAAUCUAUAGUAUGAUUCGGAACGACAAUUUUCUGGAGUGGCCGCCUUCUCCACGACUGGCCAUGGUGGCGCUGCCCAUCAUACGUAAAGCCUACUUUAGCUUCUGGAGAGACUUUGUCAUGCCUUACGAAGUGAAGCUGAAUCGACAGAUCUCAGGGCUGCCACCUCUCGACCCGCGCGAAAAUGGUGACGGUGCUCAUAAUCGACAAGACUUGGAUCGCAACGGAGAGGGAGGGUUUGUUGGUCUGCUCCAGAACAUCCUUGAUGUACUGGAUCCGGAUGAAGAGGAGCCAGCGGCCGGGGCCAAUAAUGGUGGUCGCGAAGCACGGCCAGGAGCUCGUAAUGAGUUUCGCCUAGAGCAGCACGAAGAGGGCGACGAGAUCAGGGUUGAGCUUCUCAUCCAGGAGAUUGAAGAGGGCGCGGUCGAGAUACCGAGAGCAGACAACGAUGGGCAAGAUGCUCAUCCACAAUGGGACCAAGCCCAAGGCGACCUUGCAGACGGGCAUCGCCAGGAAAACCAGCGUGACGCACCUCAAGCACCGCCUGCACGGAGAAUGGGACUCGGCGGUCUCCUGUCCAGCGUUUCCAAUUCCAUCGUGGGAGCCCUCCUUUUGCCGGGCAUCUCCUUUGCCAUGGGCGAAGCUUUGCGGCUGAUACUCCCGCGGUCAUGGACAACGGCGCCGUUUGCUAGGAAUCAUUGGCUGUUUGGUCCAUCGCCCUCAGGGCGCCCUGGCCUGCUGCAGCAGCAAUGGGGUCGCAGUCUAGUAGGAGGAUGCCUCUACGUCGUCCUGAAUGACAUCCUCAGGGUGUACAGCAAGUCUCGCCGGGUGGCAGCCAUGCAGAACCGGAAGGUGAAGAAUGUAGAUAGACCCCGACGGAAGAAAUAA